GUGAUUUGAGAAAUAAAGAUAAUGAAAAUGAACUUUAUAAAAAAGAUGAUGUUAAAUAUGUUGAAAAUAGAGAGAAUAAUGCUAAAAAUAAAAGGAAUAAUACUAAAAAUUUUAAAGAUAAUGAAGAUAAUUUUGAAAUACUGAAGCUAAAGAGAAUAAUACUAAAAUAUUGA